CGUACGCUUCAAGAUCCACCUGAAACUCGCGUUGUUUCGUGGACUCAUAGCCAACAGGUGGAACGCGCUGUCUUUUUUACCUGUCAAGUAUCGUAUUGACUGAAAGUGUCUAAGAUUCGUAAUUUGAGUGAUAUCCAGAAAAGUGAUUUGGAAUUCGUUUUUCAAAGCUUUCAAUACUAAGAAAGUUUAGUCCUUUAUAUUAUAUUAUAUUAUAUUAUACUACUUUCAAUGCUUUAAAACGUUAAAAAAUACAAAAAGCGGACAUAAGAAAUUCAUUACUUUCACAUUUUUGGCAGCUCUGAUGCUCAUAAUGGAUAUGCAGACAUCGUCACAUCUUAGCCAUGGGCUCGGGACACUCUCUCAUCAGCUUCAACACCGUAUUAUACACCAGCCGCAGAUUCUUCACAGUACACAAGACCAAACACUGAAUACAAGUACAGGCCAGCAUGAGCACGAUCACCAACAUUUGCAACACCAUAUCCUGUCUCAACAGCAUCAGGGCGUUUCACCGACUUUACACACUUUGCAGAGCACGUCGACAGGUGAUAGCCUAAGCAGUGCUAUUAACCCCAAUCAAAAUCAGCAUGAUCAUCAACAUCAUGCCGGUAGUAGUAACGUGUAUACCUCACCACACAUGGAAGAUAAGUCAAAAGUGAACAAGUUUGACGAAUAUUCAAACAGAAUAUUAGGCACCAUAUCGGACACAAAUACGCCACCAUCCGCUAAUAAUUUCAUGUCACAGGCCCAAGGCGUCGAAUGGAUGACAGCAAUGAAUGAUGUGCAAAACGGGGCAGAAGACUCACACAGUUCGCAAGGCAGUAUUUCUGGCGAUGGUCAUGGAGGAGUUAAUCAACUUGGAGGCGUAUUUGUUAAUGGGCGUCCUCUACCCGAUGUCGUUCGUCAGCGUAUUGUGGAGCUCGCGCACAAUGGUGUCCGCCCAUGUGACAUAUCACGCCAGUUACGCGUGAGCCAUGGUUGUGUUUCCAAGAUACUAUCAAGAUAUUACGAGACUGGUAGUUUUAAGGCCGGUGUUAUUGGCGGCUCCAAACCAAAAGUGGCCACCCCGCCAGUGGUAGAUGCAAUAGCCAACUAUAAACGCGAAAACCCCACGAUGUUCGCUUGGGAGAUACGAGAUCGGCUUUUGGCAGAAGCUAUAUGCUCUCAGGAUAAUGUUCCCAGUGUUUCUUCUAUAAACCGCAUUGUGAGGAAUAAAGCCGCAGAGAAAGCCAAACAUGUCCAUCAUCACCAACAGCAUCAUGUGCCCCAGGGUCUCGGUGGAGGACACAUAGCCACAGAAAGUCUUGAUAGCAGCACUGGAACGAACGGCGAGCCGCAGCCACCGAGUAAUGGAACUAGCAAUAGCAGUGCUAAUUCGGCAAACACAAACGUUUCUGCGGCGGCGAUUGCGCCUCACGCUUCAAUUCCGACGUCGGGCACUGAUUCUGUCCAAGUUCCAGUCGGUCAAAUCAAUGCCAACACCAAUGACACCAGCAAUGGAAAUAUCAACUCAACGACUGAACAACGAACGACUGGAUAUAGCAUUAAUGGAAUAUUAGGUAUACAACAUGGACACCAUUCUCACAACAAUAAUAACAACAGUAGCGUCAACAACAACAAUAAUGCAGAUCCCACCAAUUGUAAACGUAAAAGAAUCGAAGCCCAUGAUGAGAACCGUGACACAAAUAUACAUUCCGAAGAUGAUGGCAAACGGCAACGAAUGGGAUACAGUGGCGAUCAACUUUACCCAAAUAUUUGGUCAGGAAAAUGGUGUAUUAAGGAUGAACACAAACUGCUUGCCGAAUUAGGCAAUUUGACAACAGGCAGCGGAAACUGCGCAGCAUCAUAUUAUGAGGCUCCAAACGGAUUUGCAACAAACUCAAUAUCAGGAGCUGGCCCGACACCAUCUAGCAGUGAUGCGUCUAUGUUGUACGAUAGUAUUGCAACGAUUUCGCAAACCCAAAGCUCACUGUAUACACCGACAAUAGGACCUUCAAUUGGAGGCAGUUCGCUUACACCUUUAGUCCCUAUAAGCAUGCAUGAAAUGAAGCUUAGUGCGAAUUCAAUGCAGGAACAGACAAUCGCUCCCUUUUACACAGCAUUUGACGGAAACUAUUCAUCUAUGGAAAACGGCACCUCAUCAGUCGGACAAGGAAACAUUAAUGUGCCAGAAAGCUCCGAUCCGGCCGAUCCUUGCACAAUUAGCACUAGGAUUGUGCAAAACCACUCGGAAACUAAUAGUAACAGUGUUAAGGUGGCUCAGUCGCACAGUGAGGGGGGCAGAGAAGAAACCAGUAAGGAAUCUGUCAAACAAAAUACCAAUUCGGAUGCCAGUGAUCAUAUUCCUUUGCCACAUCUACAUCAUAUAGCAGAAGAACAGUUGAUAAGAGGAAACCGACGCCCCCAUUUAAACACUAUUACGCACCCAUCUUCCCUUAUACUUCUGCAGCCGUCAGCCUCGUCACUUAGUGUCCACGACGAUCGAUCAGACGUUGAACCCAAUCUGCGUAAUAAUGUAGGCCUUUAUUCAACGCCUACAGUGCUACCAAGUUUUAAUCACUACUCCGCAGGCUGUAGCUCAGUUGUGCCCAGCACAGAUUAUGCCUACAACCCCGCCUAUACACAAUAUGGAGGCGCAUACGGAUCGUAUGCCCCGUAUGGGGCUGGCGGCGGCCUGAUAAAUUCAUCCUACUACUACGAAAGCGGACAAACUCAGUCGGCAUUAACGCAAGACCUGGUCAGGUCACCUUUAGCUGCAACACGCGCGAACUCUCUAGCAUCCGCUGCAUCGCCAGGAAGCGGAAGUGCGUGCACAAAAUCAGAAUCCUCUGACAUUUUUCUUGUUUAAUGUAGACUUUACUGCCCGUGCUUUAAGUACUCGCAGCAUAAUUUAAUUAUACAGG